AGUACCACGCUGCUGCCGCUGGGGGGCAGGACGUCGUCUAGUUGGUCUGCAGGCAAAGAUGGCGGUGCGGAAGAAAGACGGCGGCCCGAAUGUAAAAUAUUUCGAAGCAUCCGAUACAGUCUCUCAGUUUGACAAUGUGCGCGUCUGGCUGGGAAAGAAUUACAAAAAGUACAUCCAAGCAGAACCCCCCACCAACAAGUCCCUGUCCAGUCUCGUGGUCCAGCUGCUCCAGUUCCAAGAGGAGGUGUUUGGCCGACAUGUCAGCAACCCCCCACUCACCAAACUGCCUGUGAAAUGUUUCCUGGACUUCAAGGCGGGAGGUGCUCUUUGCCAAAUCCUGGCAGCUGCCUACAAGUUCAAGAGUGACCAAGGAUGGCGCAGGUUUGACUUCCAGAAUCCGUCCAGGAUGGACCGCAACGUGGAGAUGUUCAUGACCAUUGAGAAGUCCUUAGUGCAGAAUAACUGCUUGAGCAGACCAGUCAUCUACUUGAGUUGUGACAUUGAAGCAAAACUGCUGGGGAAGCUGAAAGACAUCAUCAAGAGACAUCAGGGCUCAGUGACUGAUGACAAAAGCUCCAGCUCCCAUGUUGUUGUUCCUAUUCCCAGCAGCUUGGAGGAAGAGGAGUGGGUUCGCCCUGUGAUGAAGAGGGACAAGCAAGUUCUCCUCCACUGGGGGUAUUUUCCUGACAGCUACGACACCUGGAUCCCCGCCAGUGAAGUUGAGGCCUCCGUGGAGGACGCCCCCAGCCCAGAGAAGCCCAGGAAGGUGCACGCAAAGUGGAUUUUAGACCUGGACCAGUACAACGAGUGGAUGAACGAGGAGGACUAUGAAGUGGGAGAGGCUUGCCCCAAGAGGAAGAGGAUAUCGGCCAAGACGCUUACGGACGAGGUGACCAUUCCCGACGAGCGGAGAGACAAGAAGCCCGUCGGUGCCAAGAAGAGGAAGCGCUCGCCGUCGCCGUCUCCCACGCCACCUCCUCAGGAGAGCAAGAAGAAGAACGCCAAGAAAGCGCCCACCACGCCGUACACUAAAUCCAAGCGGGGCCAGAGGGAAGAGGAACAAGAAGACCUCACCAAGGACACGGAUGAAGCCUCACCCGUUCCAGCAUCUGAAGAUGGAAACCCAGCGAAGACGACGAACAGCACCAAGAAGGACUCAGAUUCAACCCCAGUCAAGGGAGGAACAGAUAUGGAAGAACAAGAGGAUGAGGCAAUGGAAGUUGCAGGAAAGGAGGAGGAAGAAGGCUCCCCGAGUGUGAAGGGAGAACCGGUGAAAGGCUCGGACCUUCACGAGGACAACGUGACGGAGCAGACGCAUCACAUCAUCAUUCCGAGCUACGCUGCCUGGUUUGACUACAACAGUGUUCAUGCCAUUGAGCGCAGAGCCCUUCCGGAGUUCUUCAAUGGCAAGAAUAAAUCUAAAACUCCAGAGAUUUACCUGGCAUACAGGAACUUCAUGAUCGACACUUACCGACUCAACCCUCAGGAGUAUUUGACCUCCACGGCCUGCCGCAGGAACCUGGCGGGAGAUGUUUGUGCAAUCAUGAGAGUCCACGCCUUCCUGGAGCAGUGGGGACUGAUCAACUACCAGGUGGACUCCGAGAGCCGGCCCACACCCAUGGGCCCCCCGCCCACCUCCCAUUUCCAUGUCCUUGCAGACACCCCAUCCAGCCUGGUACCCCUGCAGCCAAAGACGUCCCAGGUGUGUGCAGGACGCCUAAGAACACACACACACACAUACUGUAGAGUUGGUUUGAGCGAGUGUGUUGCUGUGCAGACACCCGCAGCCCAGCAGAUGAUGUCCUUCCCAGAUAAGGUGAAGGAUAAACCAACAGACCUGCAGAACUUUGGUCUGAGAACGGACAUGUACAGCAAGAAGAUCAGCUCCUCAAAGAGCAAGAGCGCAGCCACUUCUAUGAGGGAAUGGACAGAACAGGAAACACUUUUACUACUGGAGGGCCUGGAGAUGUACAAGGAUGACUGGAACAAAGUGUCGGAGCACGUGGGCAGCCGUACGCAGGAUGAGUGCAUCCUGCACUUCCUGCGCCUGCCCAUUGAAGACCCGUACCUGGAGGAGAGCUACUCAUCCCUGGGACCGCUGGCCUACCAGCCGGUGCCUUUCAGUCAGGCGGGAAACCCCGUCAUGAGCACGGUGGCGUUCCUCGCCUCCGUGGUGGACCCUCGUGUGGCCUCGGCAGCAGCCAAGUCCGCUCUGGAGGAAUUUUCUCGUAUGAAAGAGGAGGUCCCCGCCGCCCUCGUUGAGGCUCACGUGCGGCGGGUAGAGGAGGCGGCGAGGGUUAGCGGGCGGCCGGACCCGCUGUACGGGCUGGAGGGCAGCGGCAUCGCUGGCACCGGCCUGGAGGAGGGCGAGCGACCCGAUGAAAGCAGCGAGGAAAGCAAGAGUGACAGCCAGUCCAAUGAGGAGAAGAAGGACGCCAAGGACGGCAAAGAUGGAGGUGCUGAGGAAGAAGACAAGGUGGCAGAGAACGGGAAGAAAGAAGAAGAGCGAGGACGAGAAGCUGAAGGCGAAAGGGAGACGGACAAAGCCGAGUCUGACAUGGGCGAGGGUGAGAAGAAGGAUGGCAAAGAGGGAGCAGAGGAAGGGCAAAGAGGAGAAGCAGACAGUGAGGGAGAAAAGAAGGCCAAGGUGGAGCGGGAUGUGGGGGAGGGGAACUUGGCCACGGCUGCGGCGUCGGCGUUGGCGGCGGCGGCAGUGAAAGCCAAGCACUUGGCUGCAGUGGAGGAGCGCAAGAUCAAAUCUCUGGUGGCUCUCCUGGUGGAGACUCAGAUGAAGAAGCUGGAGAUCAAACUGCGACACUUCGAGGAACUGGAAACCAUCAUGGACCGAGAGAGAGAGGCUCUGGAGUACCAGCGACAGCAGCUGCUGGCCGACCGCCAGUCGUUCCACAUGGAGCAGCUGAAGUACGCCGAGAUGAGAGCUCGCCAGCAGCACUUCCAGCAGAUCCAGCAUCAGCAGCACAGCCAAACCGGCGCCACCCAUCCCGGCCAGACCACCUCGGGCCCACCCCCUCCGGGCUCGGUCCAGCAAGCCGCCGGCACGCCGGCGCCGCAACCCGCUCCCAGCCCUGCGCCGCCGGCCUCGGCAGGCCCGCCUCCCGAGGCCCAACAGCCCGCGGGUACCCACACGUCACCCCCGGGUCCCCCGGGCCACUCUGGCUCCAGCAGCACUCCUGCUCUCCACGGCCAGUGAGCAGCACCUUGACAUCCAUUUUCUAUACCACCUCAUCCUGGAUCAUCAUCAUCAUCAUCACUACUCAUUGAAAUGUUCAGUAUUGAAGGAAAAAAAGCACUUUGAAUCUUUCCCUGGCAUCCAUGAAAUUCAACUUAAGCACUUAAAUACAAAACCCUUUUUUUAUGCUCUCCUCAUUGAUUGGGAACAAUCUACCCUCCUCCCUCUUCCAAUACUCCCAUCACCACGUCCCAGCACGUGGACAGGAAUCACUCCAGUCUUCUUUGUAUCGUUAAACCAAAAUGCGUUUUUAAAAAAAAAAAAUCAUUUUAUUCUUGUUUGGGACGUGCAGAGGAUACGUUUGAAGCUAUAAAAUGAAGGAAAGAAGAAAACUAAACCGAAAGGAGAGUCUGCAACAACCUUUUAUCCUACUUUUAUAUUUUAACUUUUUUCCAUCUUCUUUCUUUCAUAUCAAACAUUGUAACUGAAUAUUGUUCACUUUGUAGCGUCUAUAUAGCCUUGGUGUGUGUGUGUGUGUGUGUGUGUGCGCGCGCGCGUGCCUUUAAAUCCUGUGUCUGUCAUCUUUACUACCGUACACUUUUAUUUACAGUGCCAUACUGUAUAUCUGUGUGUGUGUGUGUGUGUGUGUGUGUGUGUGUGUGUGUGUGUGUGUGUGUGUGUGUGCGCGCGCGCGUGCCUUUAAAUCCUGUGUCUGUCAUCUUUACUACCGUACACUUUUAUUUACAGUGCCAUACUGUAUAUCUGUGUGUGUGUGUGUGUGUGUGUGUGUGUGUGUGUGUGAAAAGGGUGCAUCACGUCAGUGUGAUGAAGUAUAAUCCUGUCAAAAGGUGAAAGCGUAGGUUCUGUCAGUAUUUCCGGCCAUCCGUGUUCCGACUUUCAUUGUGAAAAGGAAACCCGUACGUUUUCCCACUCUGGUUAUGCCGAAACAACCACAAUUGAUAUCCAAAAUGUCCUCAAUAAAUCAUCACAUUAGUGGCAGUUUGUAUUUAAAUUCAAACAAAAAAAUGCUGACGAGGUUCAGGUUUUAAUGACAUAAUGGAAAAAAAUAAAAGAUGUGGACCAAAAAAUGUGUUGUUUUUUUUAC